UUUGGGGUUCGUAAGCCCAGCGAAGCCACAAGUCGGUUGUGGCUUUGCCGGUUCAUUAUUUCUGAUAUCGUUGUGUUACUAACCCAGACUUUUUGUAAAUUCUUUUGCACUUCUCUUGUCUUCUUCUCUGUCGCUUUUUGCGGUGCAUAACUGUGACUGCUCGUGCUUGAUGAAUUAGCGAUGUUACAACAUUUUUAAAUUUGUACGGUCUAGUCAAGUGAUUAAUUCUAUCGAAUAAAGCACGACUUGAAUUGUAAUUUGAUACUUCAUUCACUUCUCUACCCCUAAAUAUUAAAGAAGUUGGAGCGGAUUUUAUACCGGAAAAUAGUGCCUUCGGUCCCCAUUGCUUUAACACCGAGUCAAGACAAAAGCUGUGAUUAGACCCACGGACCAUGGCAAGUACAACUGUACUACAAAAUAUAUAAUAACUUAAAUUGUGAAAAUCUGUUUUAAAAAACAGAGUAGCCAUUUGAUUAUUUUUUGAUAAUCGAAAGUCAAGUGUCAUAUUUGUCAUGUACACUGCAGUGCAGCAGCACGCCGUGUAAGGGUUGGGCGCCACACACGGGAGGCGACAUCUCUACUGCAUUCAUUUCAAUUGCACCUGCGCGAUAGGGCGUGUAUCGCGUGUCACCUUCCAGCCAAGCGACAAGCGAAAUUCUUGCGUGUGAAAGUUUGUGUUCGUGCGUGUCAUCGUGCUCACGCUGGCUUGCACUGCUUGCUCCCAUGCGCGUGGGGAGUCGAGGCGCAGCUGUGACCAGCUAUAAGGGUGAGCGAGGUGUUCCCAUUCAGAGCGAAUUGUGAGUCCCCCACGGUUUUGAUUGGCUGUCUUGCCAGUACCGGAUAGUGCUAGCUGGUAUUUGAAGAUAAAAUGACAUGUCCUAUAGCUCCGGUCCAUGAGUUUGAAAGGGUUAAAGUUGUACUUAAUUUUCCAAGCACUAAUUUGAUGUGGUCAAACACUCCCAUAGGAAGUUGAAGACGAACAAAUACACCUGAUUCGACCGCCUGGACUUUCCUCACAGAGCGCGCACGCUCAGUGUCAGAUUUUUUUAAUCGAUAAAAUACGGGUUUUUGUAACAUUGCUAAAUAAAUUACUUGUAUUUGCACGCAGCCUCUGUCUCUGCAUACCCGGGGUGUAGCAUCCGACAGCCCCGCACAAGAUCCUCACAGAAACCUGUAGUUUUUAAAAAAUAUCUCACUAUGUUGGAAAAACUCUUGCAGUUUACAUGUAAAUUGAAUUAGCCAGCUGGUUCUCAUGUGAUUAUCGCAUUCCCCGGGGCACGCCUGCAGUUACUCGCUGAGGAAUCUGCAAGGACUCUGUUUUCUUGUUGAAUCCAUUCUUGGACUGUGCCAUGGGCCGCACUUUGGACACCCCAGGCUUAGCGGGUAGAGUAGUCAUCUCCCAACCUCAGUGGAUUUGAUCCUCAGUGCCCCUGUCACCAUGUCCAGCGUCCGUUCCUGAACUACUAAAAUGGGUACACAACAGAAGGCUGACCUGGCUGAAAGGAGCAGCUCUGAGAAAAAUCCACUACAGAAGUCGAUCACACCCUGUCUGUUGAGUGCAGCCUUCUUUGGUGCCCUUGGCUCGUCUUUCCUUUACGGGUACAACCUCUCUGUAGUCAACGCUCCAGCACUGUAUAUUAAAGAAUUCUACAACAAGACAUGGAUGGAGAGAUACGGCAAGCCUGUUGGAGCAGAAACAACCACGCUUAUUUGGUCCAUCACAGUGUCCAUAUUUUCUAUUGGGGGCCUUUCUGGAGCGCUUAAUGUGUCCUGGCUUAUAAAAAUACUGGGAAGAAAGGGAACGUUGCUGGUGAACAAUGUCUUUGCUGUGAUAGCUGCAUUGCUCCUGACCUUCGGAGAAAGGGCACGGUCUUUUGAAAUGCUCAUCAUUGGCCGCUUCAUUAUUGGAGUGGACUCUGGUAUAGCGCUCAGUGUCCUACCCAUGUAUCUUGGCGAAAUUUCUCCAAGGUAUAUCAGAGGUUUCAUUGGCCAGUUCAACUCCAUUCUAAUCUGUCUGGGAGUGUUCACUGGUCAGGUGCUGGGCCUACCUGAGCUGCUGGGCCAGGAGUCCAGGUGGAACUACUUAUUUUCUUUCCUGGCAUUGCCUGCAAUGCUGCAACUCUGUGUUAUGCCUUUCCUCCCAGAGAGUCCUCGCUUCCUGCUGAUCGACAGGAGGGAUGAAGCGGCAGCAGAGAGAGCCUUUCAGAGGUUCCUUGGAAAAAAGGAUGUUUCUGUUGAGUUGGAAGAGGUCCAUGCAGAGGCGCGAGCUCAGGAAAAUCUCCUCACGGUCUCCAUGUUACAGCUGCUGAAGAAUCGAGCUGUUCGCUGGCAGCUCAUCACCGCCAUGGUCACCAUGGCCUGCUAUCAGCUCUGCGGCCUCAAUGCUAUCUGGUACUACACCAAUGGGAUUUUACAGGCAGCAGGCUUUGAUGAGACGCUUAUUCCAUAUAUAACCCUCAGUACAGGCGCGAUAGAGACUUUGGCUGCCAUCGUCUCGGGUUUAGUGAUUGAACGAAUCGGGAGAAAACCUCUUCUCAUAUUUGGCUUUACCGCCAUGGCGGUGUUCUUCAGCCUACUUACAGUGUUCCUCAAUUUUCAGGACAGUGUGUCAUGGAUGCCUUACCUCAGUUACGCCUGCAUACUGGCUGUAAUUGCCUCCUUCUGCUCUGGGCCAGGAGGAAUCCCCUUUGUCCUGACCGGUGAACUGUUUGAGCAAGCCUAUAGGCCUGCUGCCUUUAUGAUCGCAGGCACUGUGAACUGGCUGUCCAACUUUGCAGUGGGUCUCUUGUUUCCAUUCAUACAGGAGACCCUGGGGACAUUUUCCUUUCUGGUGUUCGUGGGGGUCUGUGUCAUAGCAUCAAUCUACCUCUGUGUCAUCCUCCCUGAAACCAAAAAUAAAACAUUCAUGGACAUAAGCCACAGUUUUGCCAAGAUCAACAAAGUCCCUGUCUCCCCCCCGAGCCAUGAAAUGAAGCUGGUCCUGCGUGUAGCGUCGGAUAAGAACGUAAAAGAUCAAAAUCACUUUAAGAGGGAAAGUUCUUUUUAACUUUGGUGAAGAAGCAGUGUUGAGAAAUAAAAUAAUGUUGUUUUUUUUAUUGUUUUACGAACGUCUCGCCACUGCAGCAAAGUGUUUCAUACUAAUAUUAAAUGUGUAUUUUGUAAAUACUUAAUUUUUCAUCAAGCUUUUUUUAGCAAUAUUUUUUGCUCUUUGCACAUUGAAGCCGUGUCAGGGCAACACGAUAACUUGAGAGCGUGAUUUCUGAUUUGCAUGUAAAUCACACAGUUUUGUGUUUUCUCCUUGUUUUGUUGCAACAACCCUUGAGGGAAAUAUCCAUCUGGCGUGUGAUGCUGAGGUAACUACAGUUCUGGGGAUUUUAUGGGAUUUUUCACAGAGCAAAGCUGCUGGAUGCAGCUGAAAAAGUGUGGAGUGGCGAUAGUAAAAAAAAAAAAAAACAGUAAAUCUGACAGGGACAGUUGUGGUGCCUCUCCAAAUCUAAAAGGAGAUGUGGCUACUUCCCACCAGAUGGUGCGAAGCCGAUGGAGGAAGUGAUGUGGACAGAGGCAGACGAGCGUGGAAUUGGGCGGACAAUACAGUUUGCUCCACAUUAGGGUGUCUUCCUCAGUUCUAAACUGACUGACUCGAGGCUUACAACACACAAAACAAAGCCUUGUGUCUCACUGCAUUAACAAAUGUUUUAAGAGGGUCUUCCGAAGAGAAAUACGUUUACAGGACAGUCAUCCCUCGCCACUUUGCGCUUUACUCUGUCACGGGGUUUUUCAAAAAUGUAUUAAAAAGUAAAUCAUGCUGUUGCUUGUUUUAAUACCGUCUAUUAUUAGUUAAAACAUAUGCAUAUUUAAGUAAAUGUUAUGCAUUUUUUGUCUAAAUGAUGCAUUUUUAAGCAUAAAAAUGGCGAGAUGAACUAAAAUACAAAUAUAAGGGCAUUCAAAAGACGCAUUCAAAGACAUUUAUAUGUAAUAUUCUGCACUGGUCAGUAAUGUCACGGUAAGACACACAAGGAACAACAGGCUUUUAUCGCAGGUUUGAAUUAUCUCCAAAAGGCACAAUAAUCCCGAAUAAAAAUGCCUUGUAAAAACACAGGCCCUCUUGCAGCCUGUAACCCACGGCAAGUUAAAACUCAACUCUGAGCCCCCGACGCCACUUCCUGUCUGACACUCACUCUGCCUCCCUAGGGAUCACAUUUAUAGCAACACACACGAGCAUGAGUCAUAUUUAUGUCUUAAAUGACUAAUAAUUUACUCUUAUGUCUGCUAUACUGGAUAAUACAAGUGUAAAGGUGACUAUAGGGGUGUUAGUUCAUGUCGAGAGAGCUCUAAUAAUGUUAAAAACCGUAUUUAGAAGGCAGUAAACAAGUUUUCUAUGCUCUUGACUAUGAAAAUUUUCCUUUUCUAAAUAAGGAAUCCUACUUGGUGAAAAUUCACUCAUCACGGCCGGGUCUGGAACCAAUUAACAGCGAUAAAUGAGGGAUUACUGUAUAUCUCAUUUGUUGUUUAUUUUCUCCAUGUCAUUGGUUUUACCCUGUCUGUGAGCGUGCGCUGCUCCCUACUCAUCAGCCAAUGUCUUCCACCCAGGUGGUGUACUUAGCUCAUCAAUUUGAACUGUAGAUUUUGUAUCUUUGUUGUGUUUCUUGUUUGCUUCAAAUGUGAUCAUGAUUUGUUUUGGAUUAUUUUGUUUUCCCCGCCAUAACUAAUAUUUUUAUUCUUUUACCAAAAUAAAUUGA